ACUAGUAUAAAACUUAACUAUCAGUCUAUCACCCACAAGCAUUUUAAUUUCACAUCAGUAAUUUCGUUACUCAACUCUCUCCCUCUCAACAUAUAUACAUACCUAGAUAUAUAGCCAUGGUGUUUGAAGGUGGCAGCGGUGGUGGUGGUCAGCCCCGAUUUAUGAUGCGCGUUUUAACGGGGAGGUGGUUCAUGGUGUUUUCAGCCCUCCUAGUAAUGUCUACGGCAGGGGCCACCUACAUGUUUGGGUUAUACUCAAAGGACAUAAAACAAUCCUUAGGGUAUGACCAAAGUACCAUCAACCUCCUUAGCUUCUUUAAGGACUUAGGGUCCAUUGCCGGAGUACCCUCGGGGCUACUAUUGGAAGCCACGCCGCCUUGGGUGGUUCUAACCGUAGGUGCCGUCCUCAACUUCUUUGGUUACUUCAUGAUUUGGCUCGCCGUUACUAAACGUAUCGCUAAGCCUACAAUUUGGCAAAUGUGCUUGUACAUUUGCGUAGGUGCAAAUUCUCAAGCCUUUUCAAAUACGGGUGCAGUCGUUACAAGUGUGAAGAACUUCCCCCAAAGCCGAGGAAUGGUCUUAGGCUUACUAAAAGGCUUUGUAGGCCUAAGUGGUGCAAUCAUAACACAACUCUAUUAUGCAUUCUACGGUAGUAAUGCUAAACAUUCCAAGUCCCUAAUCCUCCUCAUUGCUUGGCUACCGGCCGCUAUAUCAUUUGCAUUCAUACGGACCGUCCGGUUCAUGAAAGUGGUUCGACAAAAAAACGAGGCCAAUGUCUUCUAUGAACUUCUCUAUUUAUCCCUUGGCCUAGCCGGUUUUCUCAUGGUCAUUAGCAUACUUCAAAAGACUAUAACCUUUACACGAGGUGGGUUCAUUGGAAGUGGUAUAUUGGUACUUCUUUUGCUCAUUUUACCUCUUUAUACCGUGAUUAAGGAAGAAUACAAAAGAAAGAGAGGAAAAAAUUUGGAGAGCGUCUCUAAUGAUAUGGUAAACAAUAAUGAAGACGCGGUUGAGGAUGCACCUAUAACUGAGUCGCCGUAUGUCAUACAGAGAGAGGCAGACUCGUGUUUUCAAAACAUCUUUAAUUCUCCGGAACGAGGGGAGGAUUACACUAUUCUACAAGCGAUUUUCAAUAUAGACAUGAUUAUUUUAGUAAUUACUAUUAUAAACGGACUAGGUGGUACAUUGACUGCUAUUGAUAACUUGGGUCAAAUCGGGACAUCGCUCGGGUACCCACCUCAUAGCAUAGGAACAUUUGUGUCCCUGGUGAGUAUAUGGAACUACUUGGGUCGGGUCGUGUCGGGUUUCUAUUCGGAGCACUUGUUGAAGAAGUACAAGCUUCCGAGGCCUCUUGUGCUCUCGUUUAUGCUCUUGCUCUCAUGCAUUGGUCACCUUCUAAUCGCUUUUAGUGUGCCUAACGGGCUUUAUGUUGCAACUGUGCUUAUUGGGUUUGCUUAUGGGGCCCAAUGGACUCUACUCUUUGCUAUUAUUUCUGAAUUAUUUGGGCUUAAAUACUAUGCAACGUUAAACAACGUUGGAACAAUGGCUAGCCCAAUAGGGGGUUACAUUCUUGGUGUGAGACUAACUGGAUAUUUAUAUGAUAAAGAAGCGACAAGGCAAAUGCAAGCUUUGGGCCGGGUCAGGAAAGAAGGUGAAGAAUUAAAUUGUAUUGGCCCAAAAUGUUUUCGCUUGGCAUUUCUUGUAAUUACAGUAGCUACUCUAUUUAGCAUGUUUAUUUCAUUGAUUUUGGUGGUCAGAACAAGAAAGUUUUACAAGAGUGAUAUUUAUAGAAAGUUCCGGGAGACGGAAAAUGCAGCGGAGGCUGAGACGGUGGGCUUGCCGGACAAUGGGGCGAAGAAGUCGGAGACGAAAUUGGCAAAAGGCUAGGAGUGGUGGGUGUUUUGUAACAAAUGUUUGGAAAUUAUUUUAAUAUAAUAUAAUAUAUGCCCAAGUGUAAUAGGAAAAGAUUGAACAUAUACAUAGUGUUACAUAGUGUUAGAAUAUGCCUUGAAUUGUUCAAGUCCCCUUCGAGUAACCUAGCACGGGGAUCUCGUUUUCAGCAUCUGUCUAUAGAGUAUUGUAUAAACUCUUCAAGUUAUAACGUAGUUAUAUUAUGUAAUCUGUAUGCCUUGAGAUCAAUAAAAAUUUAUUCUCCUCUGCCUGUAGACAUAA